AAGCGUCCACCCAAGAAAUGAAGAUUGCAGUGAUGUCAGUGAUAGCUCGCUAUGGCGUCUGCUAAUUGGAAUCAGGAAACAAAAUCUCGGUUAAAUGAUAAAAUUUCAGGAAACAUGAAUGACCUCGGUUCUCUUGCGAGACAGAUCGUGCGUGGUUCUCAUUCCAGUGAGCUCCUUGCUCAAGCAGCAAAAAAUUUUGCAUUCCAAGAAAACACCAUCAACAAUUCUUUAGAGACAUUAAAGAAAAUGGACAUGAUAAAAUCUCAGCUUGAAUUUCAGUUUGCAGCUGUAGAACGUAGCACUGUGACAUUGGAUGACAUUCAAGACCAGCUAAAAACUAUUCAAAGAUGACACAGCUUAUCCUAUAGUCAAAUCUUCUUUAGAAAAACAACCAGAUUCCACAAAAGAAAAGGAAUAAAAAGAAAGAGAAAAAAAAACAAAAUCUUUUUUCAGCUCUGCUAAUUUCCAAGAAAAUAUUUCAACUGUUUACUAAUUGCCUUGCAUUGAUUGUCUUUAAAUGAAAUAAAGUAUAAAAUAUAAAUUAUGAAAAAGCA